UAUACCGAGUUCAAGUUGAACACAUCUAUCAAAGCAAGAUGCGUUUAAUAGAAAGUUGCGCACUGCUAGCUUUAUUAUGUAGCUAUGCGCUGGCAGAUUUCCAGCCUAAACUCGCCGCGUCCUCCAAUGGCAAAUAUUACGUCUCCUUAGACAAAGCCAAUUUUUUCCAAGCGUUUUUGAAUUGUCGUAGCGCUGGCUUGCAAUUGGCUAGUAUACGCUCCCAGAAGGAGGAAAAGGACAUUGAAGAAGCGAUAAAGGGUGCCAACCCUGGAGUCACCUAUUUGAACGGAUUCUGGACUUCGGGUACGAAUUUAGCUAACAUCGCGAGUUCGCAGUAUUAUUGGUUGUCCACCGGUGGUAUGGCAAUUUAUACUAAAUGGUUAGCAGGCGAACCCAACAACCAAUUAAACAACGAGCAUUGUUUGGAAAUUUUUUUGGGUGAAGAUAAAAAAUUCGUCUGGAACGAUUCUGUUUGCACCGUAAACUACAGAUACGUCUGUCAAGAUACUAUAUAAAUGGUUUCCUAAUAAAUGUCUUUGGUUAA